AUGGCCGGCGUGUCCAUGUCGGAUAUGUAUCCGACACGGACACGCGUUCAGUACGCAGGAACGGGCGCGUCCCUUUUCCCAGUUUCUGGCAGACGCAGGCGGACGCGGCUUCACGGUUCACUCUGUGUCGCUGCCCUCACCCGCUCAUCGUCUGCUCUGCCUCAGUCUUCGUAUUCGACCGUCUGCUCUAGCUCAACAUCUUCGACCGUCUGCUUUGGCUCAACGUCUUCAACCGUCUGCUCUGCCUCACCAUCGUUCUUCAGCUUCAUUGGAAAUAGCAACAUAUCAAGAACUGUCACAAUCGUUGUUGUGCCACUUGGUGUUUUUAUCGCACUUCUUAUUUUGAUAUGCAUCUAUUUUGCUGUUCGGAAAUCAAAGAGAACAGUUGAAAAUUCAAAUGAACGUGCUCAAUUGAAUUGGGUGAUACGCUACAAGAUUAUAGGAGACAUUGCUGGUGGUCUUCUUUAUCUUCAUGAAGAUUCAAGAUUACGUGUUAUUCAUCGAGAUCUCAAACCAAGUAAUAUUCUUUUAGAUGAAGAGUUGAAUCCCAAAAUAUCAGAUUUUGGCAUGGCAAAGCUAUUUGUUGUAGACCAAACUCAAAGUAAUACAAGUAGAAUAGUUGGAACUUAUGGAUAUAUGGUACCAAAAUAUGUAAUGCAUGGACAAUACUCUGUCAAAUCAAAUGUUUUCAGUUUUGGCAUAUUGGUUUUAGAGCUUAUAAGUGGCAGAAAGAACAACAGCAUCUUCGAUGAAGAGAAUUCACAUGAUGUUUUAAGCUUUGCAUGGAAAAAUUGGAGGGAAGGGACAGUCAUGAAUAUAGUAGAUCCUGUAUUAAACAAUGGUUCGAGAAAUGAAGUAAUGAGAUGCAUCCACAUUGGAUUAUUAUGUGUUCAAGAAAAUGUGGCUGACAGGCCAAACAUUGCUUCAGUUGUACUUAUAUUGAAUAGCUUCUCUUUGUCUCUCCCUUUACCUUUAAGACCUCCACUUUUAACGAAUAGUACAGGUUCAAGUGAGGUACAUUUUAAUGAGUACAGCUUAGAGGCAACAAGAUCAAGUGAACCAAGAAGUAACACUAUUCGAGGUUCAAUAAAUGAGGCCUCAAUUACUGAACUAUAUCCAUGUUAGAUUAUUGUCUUGAAGUUUUGGUAAGUAAAUAAAAUUAUUAGAUAUUGACAAUUUCCCAGGCAUGAAAGUUUGGCCGCUUGUAUAUAUGAAUACUUAUGCUAAUGCAAAAUAUUAUGGAUUGUUAAGCCUUUUUACCGUUAAAAAAAACAAGAAGUUGAGUUUCUCUUUGCAUUUUACUAGUUUUUGUUUGACUACAUAUGAAGAAAGAUUUCCUACCCAUGUAUCAAAGAUGGCUCCCCUUGUAGUUAUAAAGGGGGAGAUUCUGGAAAGGAACAUUGGAGCCUUUGGCUAGCA